AAAAAGUGAAGAAGGAAAACAAUGGAAAAGGAGAACUAACUAGUUCAAUUGUUGAAGCACUUUCACAAAAUAAAAAUAAAAAUGGGAUCUACUCAAAAAGAUUCACAAGUUUCCCACUUUAGCCAUCCACAUCUUUUGGAACAUACAACCACACCCUCCACAACAAACACAAAUUGCUUUGGUUGCAAACUCAAAAUCACACAUAAUGAAGAUUACUAUAAUUGCAAAACAUGUCCUUUCUCUCUUCACAAUGUUUGUUACAAAACACCCUUAAUCACAAACCACCCUUCACAUCCAAAUCAUGAUCUUUUCCUCCUUGUUACACCUUCAUCGUCACAUGCUACAAAAUCAACACUCAAAUGCAUGGCAUGUAAACAACAUGUCAUUGGAUUUUCCUACCAUUGUCCUCAAUAUAACAUUUUCUUUCAUUCUCUUUGUAUCACACUUCCUCUCUCACUUUCAAUUACACACCAUCCUCACAAAUUAAAGCUUGAAUUUUUACCACCUUAUGAUUUCUUUUGUGACUUGUGUAACAAACCUUGUUACAAAGGGUGGCUCUAUAGGUGCAACAUGUGUGAAUUUGAUAUACAUAUAGCUUGUGCUGUCCAAAACAUAAAACCUCAUUUUCAACAAGGGUGCGACAAUAAUAAUUACUAUAAGAUCAUGAAUUUGGUGUCACAGAAAAUUGGUCUUGGAAAUAGAAUUGAUGGUGGAUGGGAUAAGAAAUUGUUUAGUCCAUUAAAAAAGCAUAGUUCAAGCAAUGGAAAAAACAUGAACACUGUUGAACUCGAAUUGCAAGAAACAGAACAAACUAUAAAUAGUUAUUCUGUUUCUUUGGAAAAUUUGGAAGAAAGAAUACAACUUCGUCAUAAAACGACUCCACUUUCUGAUGAUACAAGUCCAUUAUUUAGUGACUCAUAUUUUUCAAUAGAUUUGAAUAAGUCUUAUUCAAUCCAUCAUGAGCAUAUAAAUCAGUUAAGGAAAGAAGUCAAUACUAGUGACUACAUUAAUAGCCAAAAUGUUGUGUCAACAAGUUCUAGACAAGGUAAAGAAGAACAAAUUGGUGUUGUUAAUUAUUGGCUUCAACAGUCACACAAGGAUAAGAUGAAUGCACUUUUUUUCAAAGGAGGUAGUGAGUUUGAGGAAUCAAGUCAGAAAGUGGUGGUGAAAAAUCCUACAAUCACCACAUUAGAGCCGGAAAGAAACAAGCGUUCAGGUUGGAAGAAGUUGCUAAAUUGUUGCCUAUAGCAAUAGCACAUGUUUUUAUGAGGCACAGAGUAUAUAUAUGAGAUCAAGUUGUGAACAAAUUGGUUUGCAAA